AAAUUAGUCGCAGCUAGAGAGAAUCGAACCCCGGUAGAAAGUGAAAUCUUAGUUCCAGGAGCUCGAUCCAGGGCAAGGCAAUGGAGGCCGGGAGUGCUGUGGUGGAAGAGGCAGCGAGGAGAGCUUCCGCCAAGCUCGAGCUCCCGGCGAUCGAUGACGACUCCGAGGAAGGGAGCGCUGACACGGCGUCCUCCGCCGAUGCCGAUCGUCCAAUGCCUACUGCGGAGGAGCUCUCCCAGUUCGCGAUCGAGAAGCUGUUUGCGUCACCGCUCUUCGCUUCUUCGGAUGAGAAGGCUGCGAAUUUGGAAGAGCCUCAGAGUCAAGCAGCUGAUCUCAAUGCCACGGCUGGAGAUCUCACAUUUGGCGAGGAUUUCGAGAGUGAGGAUAUUUCGCUAGAGGGUUUGCAAGAGGAGCUAGAGAGCUACCAAGGCCGAGAGAUGGUCGUCAACAUACUAGGAAAAGGAAGCGAACUACGAGCUUAUGCUCGCGAUGUGGAGGAAAAGCUUCGUCAAGUGGAGCUCGAGUCUAUACAGGUACUUCUUUCAUCUAGUUUCUCGUGCUCUCUUUUUCAUGAUUUUUUGCUUUCACAGGACUACAUCAAAGAGAGUGAUAACCUGAUGUCUCUCCACGCUCAAAUACGGGAGUGUGACUCCAUUUUGACACACAUGGAAUCGCUUCUUGGAGGUUUUCAGGAGGACCUCGGAUCCAUCAGCUCCGAAAUAAGGAGUCUCCAGGAGCAAUCUAUGACUAUGGGACUUAAGCUACGAAACAGAAAGGUUGCAGAAGUUAAGCUGGCUAGGUUCUUGGAAGAGAUUGUUCUUCCUCCAAACAUGAUUGAUGCUAUUGUGGAUGGAGAGGUCAAUGAAGAGUUUGUGCGGAAUCUUCAGAUUUUAAGCAGAAAGCUCCAGUUUAUCGCCGAGGAUCCUGGAGCUAAGGGCUCUGCCGCUCUGCGAGAUGUUGAACCUGAAUUUGAAAAACUACGUUUAAGAUCCGUAGCGAAGGGUCGUGAUUACAUUAUCCAGAGGAUAUAUGCCUUACGAAAGCCGAAGACGAACAUUCAAAUCUUGCAGCAAAACGUUCUUCUCAAAUACAAAUAUCUGGCUACUUUUUUACGUGAUCAUGGAAAGGAGGCUUAUCAAGAAAUUCGGGCGGCAUACAUAGAUACGAUGAACAAGGUGUUGAGUGCGCAUUUCAAAACGUACAUUCAGUCUCUAGAAAAGCUGCAGCUAGACAUCGCUACGAGGAACGAUUUAAUCGGUGUUGAAGAGCGGGCUGGUAUGUUUUCCCGGGGUCGUGAAAACAUGAAAAACAAAUCGGCUGUCUUCGCGCUUGGGGACCGUGCUAACGUGCUUAAGGAAAUUGAUCAACCGGCAAUCAUUCCCCACAUUGCAGAAGCCAGUGGUUCCAAAUUUCCAUAUGAAGUUCUUUUUCGCAGCCUUCACAAGCUUCUCAUGGACACGGCGACAUCAGAAUAUCUGUUCUGCUGCAACUUCUUUGGGGAGGAUGCUAUCUUUUCUGAAAUUUUCACUGGGCCAUUCUCCGUUAUUGAGGAUCAUAUGAAUGCGGUUCUAAUCAAUUGCUAUGAUGCUAUUGGGCUAAAAUUGAUGAUACGAAUAACAUACCAGCAUCAGCUGAUAAUGUCCCGGAGACGAGUACCAUGUCUAGAUGCCUAUUUUGAUAAGUUGAAUAUCCUCAUCUGGCCACGGUUCAAGGCAGUUUUUGAUAUGCAUUUAGUGAGCCUUCGGACCGCAAACGUGAGGACACUGUGGGAGGAUGACGUGCAUUCUCACUAUGUCAUGCGGAGGUACGCAGAAUUCACCGCAUCACUCCUCCAGAUCAACACUGAACAUGGGGAUACCCAGCUGGAGCUGAACCUGGAACGCUUGAGAGUUGCUAUCGAUGACUUGCUCGUGAAACUGGCUCGUGUUUUCAAGAAACAAAAGCAGCAAACAGUUUUUCUCAUUAAUAACUACGACAUGGUUUUGGCCGUGUUAAGGGAAGUGGGUGUUGAUGGUGGCAAAACGCAGCAACAGUUUGAGGAGCUGCUCAAGAGCAGCACGACCGUUUUUGUGGAAGAUUUACUUCGGGAGCAUUUCCAAGCCUUGAUAUCGUUCGUCAAAACGCGUGGUGUUCUUGGCGAGGAAUCGAGUUCCAGCACACCGCCGCAAUCUCCAGUGACCGUCCAGGAAGUGGAGCCCCUCGUCAAGGAUUUCGGCGAGCGGUGGAAGGCCGCGAUCGAGCUCAUGCACAAGGAUCUCAUCACCUCCUUCAGCAACUUGGUUUGCGGCAUGGAGAUCCUCCGCGCCGCUCUCACGCAGCUCCUCCUCUACUACACCCGCCUCUCGGAUUGCAUCAAACGCAUCGAUGGCGCCGAAGCGCUGAGCAAGGAUCUCGUGUCGGUCGCGUCGAUCAUGCACGAGAUCAAGAAAUACUCUCGGACGUUUUAGUCAAGUAAAAGCUGAGUUUUUUUACCGUUGUUUGACUUUUCCAUCUUAUCUAAGGGUAAAAACGUCAGUGAAACUUCUGACCUUUAGUUUC